AUGUUGUUUUUCUUAUUGGUUAUUUCAUCAAUCUUUAUUCUUGUACGAACAGUACCUAUUGAACAAUCUAAUUCGACAACAACUUUCAGUACUGAUAAAUUACCAACGAAUGGUUCUUCACUUGAUUUUCGACUUUUACCCUAUAUUGGUAAUGGUCAUAUAGCUACUGUCGUAUAUAGUGAUGUUAUUUAUAUGAAUGGACUUUAUAAUGGUGAAAAUGGUACCAGUCAUCGAGCACAUAUUCCAAGUGCAUUGAAUUGGGAAUUUAAAAUAAAUUCAUCAUCAUCAUUAUAUACUUUAAAUGUUUCAUCAGGUAUAUUCAUUGAAAUACUUGAAAAUGAUGAAGUUCGAAUUGAACGACGUUUCUUUGCUUCACAAGAAUAUACUGAAUUAUUACUUGCUCAUGUAUAUGUUACUAUAGGACAGAAAAUUAUUGUACCUAUUGAAGUACAUGAACAAACAACGAGUAUUGAUAUUGAUUUUGCUAAUGCAACUCGUUCUUCUCAAUAUGUUCUUUUAUCUGGUAAAACACGUGAAAUUGAAAAUAGUCAAUUUCAAGUAGAACCAUUGCCUGUAUUCGUUUAUUUUACACCAUUACCUAUUCAAGGAUUAGAACUUGAUCAAGAAGAAACAAAUCGAACAUAUCUUUUUGUUACUUCAAUUGAUGAAAAUCAAACAAUAGCUAAACAAAGUUUUGAUUAUGCAACAAGUGAGCAACAACCAGAUGCUAUUUUAUCAUCACAUAUAUCACGAUGGAAUGAUGUAUGGUCUAAUGGACAUAUUGAUAUAGAAGGAAAUGAUGAAUUACAAAGACAAAUCAAUUCUGCUUUUUAUUAUAUUUUAAGUUCUCUACCACCAUUAUCGACGAAAAGUAAACCGAAACAAUUUUAUGGUUUAGGUCCUGGUAGUCUUGCAUGGGGUGGACAACUAGGAGAAGCUUAUAGUGGUCAUGCAUUUUGGGAUAUGGAAAUAUGGAUGUAUCCAUCAGUUCUUCUUUUCUAUCCGACAUUGGCUAAAGAAAUAUUAUCAUGUCGAAUUGCUCUACAUGAUGCUGCAGCUUAUAAUGCUCGUCUAUUUGGUUACGAAGGAUGGAGAUUUCCUUGGGAAAGUGCUAGAACUGGUGUUGAUGUGACAAACGAUUGUUGUCCUUUUGGUCGAUUUUAUGAAAUGCAUAUUACAGGUGAUAUUUCAUUUGCAGCUGGACAAUAUAUUGCGGCUACAGGCAAUCGAGAUUGGUUAUUGAAUGAGUUUGGUGGAGAAUUAAUCUAUGAAACAGCUCGAUUUUGGGCUUCACGAGUGAUAUAUAAUAAUCAGACAAAACAAUAUGAAAUAUUAAAUGUUUUAUCACCAGAUGAAGAUGCUCAACCAUUUAAAAAUAAUACUGUUUAUACAAAUGCACUUGCUUCACUUUCUAUUCAAUUGGCUAAUAAUGUUAGUUGUAUUACUAAUAAAACGAUACCUCAAAAAUGGUUGAAUAUUGCAUCUAAUUUAUAUUUUCCUUUCGAUAAUUCAACUCAAGAUUAUCUUGAAUAUGAAGGUUUUAAUUUAAAGAAUACUACUAUUAAACAAGCUGAUGUUAUUCUUUUUGGAUUUCCAUUGAUGUGGCCAAUGAGUGAUGAAGUGAGACGAAAUGAUUUAUUAGUUUAUGAAGGUUUAACGCGUCUUGAUGGACCUGCUAUGACUUGGUCGAUGUAUUCGAUUGGAUUUAUAGAAUUCGGUGAUUUUGAUAAAGGUGACCAACUAUUUAGACGUUCGUAUCAAAGCUAUGUACAAUCUCCAUUCAAUGUAUGGACAGAAACUCAACAAGGUACUGGUGCAGUGAAUUUUAUAACCGGUAUUGGAGGUUUUUUACAAGCUGUUCUUUUUGGCUACGGUGGUAUUCGUCUAAAAUUAAAUCAACUUGAAUUUUAUCCCCAUGGUCAUCUACCAGAUCAAGCGACUAAAUUCAUCUUUCAUGGUAUUAAAUAUCAAGGAUUUGUUCUUGAUUUGACCAUUGAUAAUAAGAUGUAUGAAAUUUUUGUCAAUGCACUGAACAACAAUGAUUCCAUUCCUCUUGUAUAUGAACAUGGAGAGCAUCGUGGAUUCCUUAAACUAAAUGACCGUCUUUCAUUUCCCAUUGAUACGCUUCUUAUUAUUCGUCGAUCAGUCGCUCUUUGCCCUUGA